AUGCGCCUUCUUAAACGUCUCCCAGCAGGCGACGGCUUCGAGCUGACGUCUUUCAGCGACGACCUCGCUCCUCCGUACGCCAUCCUCUCACACACCUGGACGGACGGUCAGGAAGUCACCUAUAAUGAGCUGUUGGCGGGAACAGGCGCAGAUAAGCCCGGCUAUGCUAAGAUCCGCUUCUGCGGCGAGCGAGCUACAGCGGAUAGCCUCGAGUACUUCUGGGUGGACACGUGCUGCAUCGACAAGUCCACGAACAACGAGCUGAACACAGCGAUCAACUCCAUGUUCCGCUGGUACCAGGGCGCAGCGAAGUGCUAUGUAUACCUGACAGACGUCCCAGUGCCGGAGGAGGUCACCAACCCUGAGGCCUUCCCCAUAUCGUGGCAACAAGCUUUUCAGCGCAGCCGGUGGUUUACACGAGGCUGGACGCUGCAAGAGCUACUAGCGCCAGCCAGCGUCGAGUUCUUCUCCCAGGACGGCAAGCGGCUAGGCAGCAGGAUCUCGCUAGAGCAGGAGAUACACAGCGUCACUGGCAUACCUGUCGAGGCGUUAAGGGGUCAUAGGCUCACCGAGUUCAGUGUCGACAAGCGGAUGAGCUGGGCGGCGAAACGCACAACGACGCUGAAGGAAGAUAAAGUGUACUGUUUGCUAGGGAUCUUUGGGGUAUUCCUGCCGCUUUUAUAUGGGGAGGGAGAGGAGUAUGCGACGCAGCGGCUCAAGGAGGAGAUACAGAAGCGGCAGCAAGGACGGGAGAACGUAGAUGUGCAGGACCUGUCCGUCUCCUUGUCGCUACCUUUCCCCCGAAACGAGCUCUUUGUCGGACGAGAGAGCCAGCUCCAGGCAAUCGAACAAACCCUGCUUUCACCUAACACCCACCGGCGGAUGACGAUAUAUGGGCUGGGAGGAUGCGGAAAGUCAGCACUUGCUCUCGAGUUUGCGUAUUGCGCACUUGCGGGGCACGCCAGACGCUUAGUUUUCUGGGUACCUGCUAUGAGUCGAGAGAGUUUCGAGCUUGCCUAUCGCGAAAUUGGAAUCUGUCUUCGUAUACCAGGAAUCAGCGAUGACAAUGCGGAUUGUAAACGACUCGUUAAGGAGAGAUUGAGUUUGGGAAACUUGGGCAAUUGGCUAAUGAUUGUCGAUAAUGCCGAUGACUCGAAGGUCUUACUGGAAGUGGACAAAAACAACCCCAAAUCAGCUCGUUUGAUCGACAGUAUUCCGCACAGCAAUGAAGGCGCAAUCCUCUUCACUACUCGCAGUAGGAAGGCAGCUACAGACCUGACCCAGAGUAAUGUCCUCGAGCUGAACGAUAUGGGUAAAGCUGAGGCUAGGCAGCUGCUUGUUCAGCGAACGACGAGACAAGCAUUGCUGAACGAUGAGGCGGCUGUUGAAAUGUUGCUGGAGAAACUUACAGGCCUGCCGCUUGCAAUCGUGCAGGCAGCCGCUUUCAUCAAUCAGAACAACACAUUAGUCUCCGAAUACGUGUCAUUACUCCAGCAUGCUGGCACAAAAGCCGAGCUCUUCAGCGAGCACUUUGAAGAUCCAAGCAGAUAUCGGGACAUGGACAGCACGGUUGCAAAGACGUGGCAUAUCUCCUUCGAGCAAAUCCGCAGACAAGACCCUCUUGCAGCAGAGUACCUCUCGUUUAUAGCUUGCAUUGAUCGCAUUGGUAUUCCUCAGUCGCUGUUGCUGCCGGGAGGAUCUUCUGUGCAGCAGACGAAAGCACUUGGAACGCUGACAGGAUACGCAUUCAUCACAGAGCGCCAGCAGACUGUGCCAGGAUCCAACAAAGAGAGGCUUUUCGAUAUGCACCGACUGGUGCACAUGGCGUUGAUCGGGUGGCUGGAGGGACGUGGCGAGCGGGCGAACUGGGCAGGCACAGCAGCAGCCCGAGCCGAGGAACUAGUGCCGUACGGCGAGCAUGAAGGAAAGGAAGUCUGGAGCGCGUACCUCCCACAUGCAAUGUAUGUUGCUGGGCUCGUUGACAUUGUAGAUGGCGCGACGAUUAGUUCACUUCUAGGACGAAUAGGUUGGUGUCAAGAGAGUCUAGGGCAAUAUGCACCAGCAGAGGCAUCGUGCAGAAAAGCAUUGUCCUUGAGGAAGGAGGUGCUGGGGCCUGAACAUCCGGCCACGCUAGCGAGCAUGAACAACUUGGCCGAAGUGCUAGGCAGGCAGGGCAAGUACGAAGAGGCUAAGGCAAUAAACCAGCAGACACUGGUGCAGACAGAGAAACUGCUAGGGCCUAAGCAUCCUAAGACGCUGAUAAGCAUAAACAACUUAGCGUUACUACUAAGAAAACAGGGCAAGUACGAAGAGGCUGAAGCCCUAUACCAGGAGACGCUGGCGCAGCGAGAGAAGGUGCUAGGACCUGAGCAUCCCUCUACGCUGACAAGCAUGAGCAACUUAGCGACAGUGUUGUACAGCCAGGGCAAGUACAAAGAGGCUGAGACAAUAUACCAGCAGACGCUGGCGCAGUUAGAGACGGUGCUAGGGUUUGAGCAUUCACUCACGCUGACAAGCAUGAGCAACUUGGCGUUAGCGCUGACCAGGCAGGGCAAGUACAAAGAGGCUGAGACAAUAAACCGGCAGACGCUGGCGCAGUCAGAGAAGGUGCUAGGGCCUGAGCAUCCAGACACACUAACGAGCGUGUACAACCUUGCUUUUCUUCUUACGGUACAGCAUCGUUUCGAUGAGUCUCUGCUUCUGUAUCAGAGGGCAUCUACUGGGUACAACACCAUCCUUGGAAAGGACCAUCCGACUACCGUGGAGUGUCAUCAAAAUUACGCUGAUAUGUGCGCGUUGCAAGCGCAGCAUCAGCUUGCCUGCUCUUCUAGCACGCUAGAAAGAGAUGCAGGAACGUCUACGAGGAAGAGAUGA